AGAACAGUCAUCACAGAAGUCUAAAGAGAUGCGGCUGACUGACAUGAAAUCUGAACCUGUAAAAGAAUCAUCUGCACAAUGUUCAGACAAUUCCAAAUCUUCAGGUGUUCAUGGAAGCGACAGUGACAAUGCUGACAAUGUCGAGGACAGUCCUUGGCACGAGUUGUGCGGAAGGAGCACUAAGCCAAAGGUUUCCCUAGCAGAGAGGACAGCGAGAGAUUGGGGCCCCAGACAAAGCCCUGUCCUCACAAGUUCCCCUGAUGGAGCGGACUGCUGCGAGCCUCAGCACUCAGAGACACAGCCACUGGGCAGGCUGUGCAGAGGAUCAGUCUAUCCACCGGACUGUAACCCAAAUCUGUGGGAUCCCAGUAUCCCCAGCAGUCUUCUCCACUCGGCUCAGGUUAACACCUGGACCAGUGGGGCCACCGCGGGAACAGGAAGUGGACAGAGCCUGGCAGCAGCGGGCAGGACUUCAGGACCUCCAGGGAUCCCGGUGCAGGAGCUGGUGAGACUCUCACACUUUGGAGGCUUCCUGUUUUAUCCCUACACCAGCUUCUCUGCAGCACCAGUCCACUACCUCCUCCCACCUGUGCGGUCCCGAGUGGAUUUACGAGCCCAUCCGAGCGUCCUCAGCCAGGACUACGUCCCCCCUCCCAUCAUGGCUUCAUCUGCUCCUGCUUCGGGGGGUGCUGGACUGAGAUAUCAUGCACUUGAUUGGCUAAUGCUACCCAAAACAGAGCAGAAGGAUUCCGUGGGCAAAGAAGUUGAGUUAAAAAACUGAAAUUGAAAAUGAAAUCGAUGUCAGUCAAGACGAGUCACAGACAGGGUGAAAAUAUGAACCAUGUCUGAACCCUAAGUAAAUCAGACAAAUAACUUUGUACACACACACACACACACACACACACACACUCUUUGCAUUGGAAGAAUUGAUCGAUUUGUCUCUGAGAGUGUGUUUUUUUCAGUUAUGUAUUAUGGCAUCAGUAUACUACCUUUAUUUUAAAAGGGGAGGUGAUGUGAUGUAUUGAACAUUUGAGUUUUAUAUUUUGGCAACUUAGUUGUGCCAUAAUACCUGAGUGCAAGGAAUGCUGGGAUAUGUGUUUUUAUGUUGAGCACGUUGUUAAAAAGUUCUGCUAUAUGCUAAGCUGUCUGUCACAGGCAGUGUUUAUAAUACAUCACAAUUACUCCGUCCAUUUAUAGAUUAAUAGUAACCAUUAGACAUGUUCAUGCAGGGAUGAACUGGUAUAGACAACUGUGUUUGUGUGUUUAGGUUGUUACAUUGUUUUAUAGAUUUGAAAAGGUCAAUCAUCUAAAGUUGAUUUCAUGGAACUCGCAGAUGUCCCAUAGUU